CUUAUUUCUUCCUAAUACUCCUCCGAUCCGCCACUGGUCCAUCUCGAUCAACGUCAUCGGAACUCUAUAACCGCGGUUCCGGCAACAGUUGAAUUGAAAACGCAUUGGUUGCUUCUCACUUCCGGAAUAUCGACAGGCUCCGAAAGCCCGCCUCGAUCCGCCUGCGAGUAAAAAGUCAGUCAUGUCCAACACCACGGCUGGAGGAAGCCGUAUGCCGGGCGACCUGCACGAAAUUCCGACGGUGGCGCAGGAACCCGGCUCUGAUAGCCACAAAGCAAGCCACCAUGUGUCGCAUGCUGUCGCAUCCGAUCCAACGCUAACCCCCCUUUCGACGAGCGAUAGCGAGAGCUCCCACGAGGGUCACUGGGGGGAGCGGGGCACUGGGCCCGUCUCUCGUCGGGGUGCAAUGGAGGACUUAGAGGAGAUGAGACGAGAGCUGACCAGGCUUAGUUUGCAUCGUACUCGUUCCGUUAAAGGUGAUGUUCAACGGCGUCGCUCGAGGGCUUCUCGAGCCGAUGAGGAGAAAGCCCUGCAAGGAGAUGAACUGUCUGGCUCCACUGAAGGCGAUUACGAUGCAUUCGACUUGGGGGAAUUCCUCAUGGGGGGUCAUCUUGAGCGACGAACCACGGCAGGAGAGCCAGCGAAGAAAGUCGGCGUCGUGUUCAAGAACAUUACCGUCAAGGGGAUUGAGACCGGGGCUUCGUUUGUCCGUACCCUGCCUGAUGCUGUUAUCGGUACCUUUGGUCCCGAUCUUUACAAAAUCAUCUGCAGGUUCGUGCCGCAGCUUCACUUCGGUCGCAAGCCUCCCGUGAGGGACCUACUUCAUGACUUCACCGGUGCGGUCCGUGAAGGUGAAAUGAUGUUUGUCUUAGGUAGACCAGGGGCCGGUUGUACCACCUUCCUUAAAACGAUUGCCAAUGAUCGAGGCGCCUUCGCCGGUGUCGAGGGCGAAGUCAGUUACGGUGGUAUGUCGGCUGAAGAGCAGCACAAACAUUUCCGCGGUGAGGUCAACUACAACCAGGAAGACGACCAACACUUCCCCAACUUGACUGUGUGGCAGACGCUGAAGUUCUCGUUGAUCAACAAGACGAAGAAACACGACAAGGACAGCAUUCCCGUUAUCAUUGAUGCCUUGUUGAAGAUGUUCGGGAUUUCCCACACGAAGAACACGGUCGUCGGAAACGAAUAUGUUCGAGGUGUCUCCGGUGGUGAGCGUAAACGUGUCAGUAUCGCCGAGACUUUGGCAACCAAAUCCUCGGUUGUCUGCUGGGAUAACUCAACCCGUGGUCUAGAUGCCAGUACGGCGUUGGACUAUGCGAAGUCACUGCGAAUCAUGACUGACGUCAGCAAGCGGACGACUUUCGUCACCCUAUAUCAAGCUGGAGAGAGCAUCUACGAACUGAUGGACAAGGUCCUGGUGAUUGAUUCAGGACGCAUGCUCUAUCAGGGCCCCGCCAGCGAGGCUAAAGAGUACUUCGAAAACCUUGGUUUUGCUUGUCCGGACGGAUCGACCACGGCCGAUUUCCUGACUUCCCUGUGCGAUGUCAAUGCCCGCCAGUUUCAGUUAGGUCGUGAAGCAUCUACUCCUAAGACUGCUGAGGAGCUUGAGGCUGUUUUCCGACAAAGCAGUGCUUACAGGCGACUCCUGGAUGAUGUCGCUGGCUAUGAGAAGCAGCUACAGGAUACUAACCUAGAGAGCACUCGUCGCUUCCAGAAAUCGGUGGCGCAAUCGAAGAGUAAGACCGUCUCCAAGAAGUCUCCGUACACAGUGUCCCUGGUCCGCCAGGUUGCUGCGUGUGUGCAGCGUGAAUUCUGGCUGUUGUGGGGCGACAAAACUUCACUCUACACCAAGUACUUCAUCAUUCUGGCCAACGGCCUUAUCGUCUCCUCCCUGUUCUACGGAGAAUCCUUAAACACGGGCGGUGCUUUCUCGCGUGGUGGUGCUCUGUUCUUCUCCAUCCUAUUCCUUGGCUGGUUGCAAUUGACCGAAUUGAUGCCUGCGGUCAGCGGACGUGCUAUUGUCGCACGCCACAAAGACUAUGCGUUCUAUCGUCCUUCCGCUGUCUCGAUCGCUCGUGUUGUCGUGGAUUUCCCGGCAAUUUUCUGCAUGGUUGUUCCUUUCACGAUCAUCGUGUAUUUCAUGGCUGGCCUUGACGUUGACGCAUCGAAGUUCUGGAUCUAUUUCCUGUUCGUGUACACGACCACGUUCUGCAUUACUUCCAUGUAUCGCAUGUUCGCGGCCUUGUCUCCAUCCAUCGACGAUGCGGUCCGGUUCAGUGGUAUUGCUUUGAAUGUGCUGAUCUUGUUCGUCGGCUAUGUUAUUCCCAAGCAAUCUCUUAUCGACGGUUCCAUCUGGUUUGGGUGGCUUUUCUACGUCAAUCCACUCUCAUACAGUUAUGAGGCUGUUCUUUCCAACGAGUUUGCCAAUCGCGUAAUGGACUGUGCUUCGUCAAUGCUGGUACCGCAAGGCGCGGGCCUUGACUCGAGAUACCAGGGAUGUGCUCUGACUGGUUCUCAAUUGGGCCAGACCACUGUCGCCGGCAGCAGUUACCUGCAGACAACCUACCAGUUCACGCGCCACCAUCUAUGGCGUAACUUUGGUGUUGUCGUUGCCUUUACUGUUCUUUACAUUCUGGUCACUGUGUUUGCAGCUGAAACUCUUUCUUUCGUUGGCGGUGGAGGUGGUGCGCUGGUGUUCAAACGCUCCCGCCGUGCUAAGCAGCUCAAGGCUCAGGCAAGCAAAGGCAACGAUGAAGAAAAGAUGCAAAUGCAGGGCCAGGGACCAUCUCAGUCGGGCGCCAACAGCGAGUCAUUUAACCGCAUCUCGUCUAGCGACCGAGUAUUCACUUGGUCCAACGUUGAGUACACAGUGCCUUACGGUAACGGAACUCGGAAGCUUCUGAACGGCGUCAACGGCUAUGCUAAGCCUGGACUCAUGAUUGCGCUGAUGGGUGCAUCUGGAGCCGGCAAGACAACGCUGCUCAACACUCUGGCUCAACGUCAAAAGACGGGUGUGGUGACGGGUGAUAUGCUUGUUGACGGUCAUCCUCUGGGCACGGAAUUCCAACGUGGUACUGGUUUCUGUGAGCAAAUGGAUCUUCAUGACAACACCGCCACCAUUCGCGAGGCUCUCGAAUUCUCAGCUCUCCUUCGUCAAGAUCGGAAGAUUCCCAAGCAAGAAAAACUGGAUUAUGUCAACCAGAUCAUUGACCUGCUGGAGUUGGAAGAGAUCCAGGAUGCCAUCAUCGGAUCCCUCAAUGUCGAGCAAAAGAAGCGAGUGACCAUUGGUGUGGAGCUGGCUGCCAAGCCGAGUCUGCUCCUCUUCCUUGAUGAACCCACCAGUGGUUUGGACAGUCAAGCAGCCUUCUCCAUUGUGCGAUUCCUGAAGAAGCUUUCGCAGGCAGGACAGGCUAUUGUUUGCACAAUUCACCAACCCUCGUCCAUGCUGAUCCAGCAAUUUGACAUGAUCUUAGCCUUGAAUCCGGGUGGUAACACUUUCUAUUUUGGCCCCGUCGGCCAUGAGGGCCGCGAUGUGAAGAAGUACUUCGCCGAUCGUGGAGUUGUCUGUCCCCCGUCCAAGAAUGUCGCGGAAUUCAUUCUUGAAACGGCUGCAAAGGCGACUAAGAAGGAUGGCAAGACGUAUGACUGGAACGAGGAAUGGCAAAACUCGGAACAAAAUCAGAAAAUUAUGGACGAGAUCAAGACUAUCCGGGACGAGCGCAGCAAGAUUCCCCUGCCCGAAUCGGGCACUGAGUAUGAAUUCGCAGCCCCUGCUACGACACAGACAUACCAUCUUAUGAUGAGAAUCUUCCGCCAGUAUUGGAGAGAUCCAUCCUACUAUUAUGGGAAGUUGUUCGUCAGUGUCAUCAUCGGUAUCUUCAACGGCUUUACCUUCUGGAUGUUGGGCGACACCAUUUCUAGCAUGCAGAAUCGCAUGUUCUCGACUUUCUUGAUUAUCCUUCUCCCACCUAUUGUGCUCAACAGUCUGGUCCCGAAGUUCUACAUCAACCGUGCCCUUUGGGAAGCACGUGAAUACCCUAGUCGGAUUUAUGGUUGGUUCGCUUUCUGUACCGCCAACAUCAUCUGCGAGAUCCCGAUGGCAAUCGUGUCCGCUCUGAUCUACUGGGUUCUCUGGUACUACCCGGCCGGAUUUCCCACGGAUUCCAGUAGCGCAGGCUACGUUUUCCUCAUGUCGAUGCUUUUCUUCCUCUUCCAAGCCAGCUGGGGUCAGUGGAUCUGUGCCUUUGCCCCUUCCUUCACUGUCAUCUCCAACGUGCUCCCCUUCUUCUUCGUCAUGACCAGUCUUUUCAACGGUAUUGUCCGCCCGUACUCCGACUACCCCGUCUUCUGGAAGUACUGGAUGUAUUACGUCAAUCCGGUGACCUGGUGGCUCCGCGGUGUCAUCUCGGCCGUCUUUCCCACCGUCACUAUCGGCUGCUCUUCCACCGAGACCACUCACUUUAACCCUCCUCCCGGCCAGACCUGCUCCAGCUAUGCCGGCGACUGGGUUUCCAGCGUCGGUAUCGGCUACCUAUCCAACCCCAGCGCCACCUCGGACUGCCAGUACUGUCCCUACGCCAACGGCACUCAGUACAUGCACACCCUGAACGUGCACGAUGGCGACAAGUGGCGCUGCUUUGGCAUUUUCCUGGCGUACGUGAUUAUCAAUUGGGCCCUGGUCUACUUUAUGAUCUACUGUGUGCGUGUUCGUGGCUGGUCCUUCGGUCUUGGGUAUGUAUUCUCCGCACUGGGCAAGGUGAUCGGGGGCAUCAAGGGCCUGUUCACCAAGAAGAACAAGGAAGAGAAGCAGUGAGCGGGGUCGUUCUGUGAAGGGAGAGUAGCCUUUCGUCGCUGGCGAUCCAUAUGAUGUCACGUGCCAUGGGAGUCAGUGGCUCGGAUUGUUUUCUCAACACUGAUCGGAGGGUAUGAACAUUCAUUUACUUGGAUCUCAUGAAAAGUACAUAUCUCUAGAUACCAGGAUUUAAAACGCAUUUUUGGUUAUGCAUCAGCGCAGAGGGAUUCAUUUUGUUUAUGAGGAAUUUAUUAUUUAGAUAGA